AUGGGAUUUGGCGAUAUAUCGACUGGCUUUGGAGCACCAAAGGAAGGUGGCGAGUCGUCCGGCUUCGGCAGUGCCUCUGGAUUCGGCGGCGGCGCAAGUGAAGGAAAGACUGGCUUUGGAGCAGCGAAGAGCUUUGGAGGAAACGAAGGAGAAAGCAAGGGAUUCGGAUCGGGAGGAAACGCUGGCUUUGGAUCGAGUGGAAAUACAGGCUUCGGAUCAGGCGGAAAUACGGGCUUCGGAUCGAGUGGAAAUACGGGCUUCGGAUCGGGAGGCGGUUUCGGUGAAACUGGCGAGAAGAGCGGCUUCGGAGGUGGUGGUGGAUUCGGUGGACAAGGAGGAGCAACUGGAGAACGGCCUCGCGGCUGCUUCAACUGCGGAGAAGAAGGCCAUCGAAGUGCUGAUUGCACUCAGCCAAGGAAGUCACGAGGAUGUUUCAAUUGCGGUCAAGAGGGACAUCGAUCCAAUGACUGCCCUGAGCCGAGGAAGCCUCGAGAUGGAGCUGGAAGAGGGGCUGGUGGAGGCGGAUUCGGAGGCGGUGCUGGAAGCGGCUUCGGGGGACAAGGGGGAGAACGACCCCGGGGAUGCUUCAACUGCGGAGAAGAAGGCCAUCGAUCUAACGAAUGCCCUCAGCCAAGAAAGGCCCGUGAAGGGGGAGGUGGUGGAGCUAGAGGAGGAAGCGGAUUUGGAGGAGGAGCAGCAGCAACUGGCGGAUUUGGAGGAAGCGGCUUUGGCGCAGCUGGUGGUGGAAGUGGAUUUGGUGGAGGAGCGACUGGUGGAAGUGGUUUUGGAGGCGGCGGGGCCGGAGAACGCCCCCGAGGAUGCUUCAACUGUGGAGAGCAAGGCCAUAGAUCCAACGAAUGCUCUCAGCCAAGAAAGCCGCGUGAAGGUGGUGGAGCUGGAGGAGGAAGCGGAUUCGGAAGCGGAAGCGGCUUUGGAGGUGGAGCAACUGGUGGAAGCGGCUUUGGCGCGUCUAGCGGAGGAAGUGGAUUUGGUGGAGGAGCAGGCGGCGGAAGUGGAUUUGGUGGGGGUGGUGGAACCGGAGAACGGCCCCGAGGAUGCUUCAAUUGCGGAGAAGAAGGCCAUCGUUCCAACGAAUGCCCUCAGCCAAGAAAGCCGCGUGAAGGUGGGCCACCACGAGGUUGCUUCAAUUGCGGUCAAGAAGGUCAUCGAUCCAAUGAGUGCCCCGAACCAAAGAAACCUCGAGAACAAGGCAGCGGCUUUGGUGGAUCAGGAUUUGGCGGCGGUGGAGCUGGAUUCGGCAGUGGCGGAGGACUCUUUGGAGCUCAAACAACAGCCGGUAGUGAACGUCCACGUGGUUGUUUCAAUUGCGGACAAGAAGGUCAUCGAUCCACCGAAUGCCCUCAGCCGAGAAAGCCGAGAGAUGAUAUGGAUCCUUCGAGCAAGCCAGCAUCGACCUAUGUUCCAGUGGAGGUGCCGGACGAAGAGCUUUUCAAAUUCAGAAUCACCGAGGGAGACCGCUUCAAGGAGUUCUUCGAGGCCGACGUCAAUGUAACCUCCUCCGGGAAGAAAAUCAAAAUUUCCCCAAUCAACACUUUUGAUGAAUUGGAGCUUCCGCCUCAAGUGAAGGCAAAUGUGCGAGAAGCUGGUUACAACAAGCCGACUCCGAUUCAACAACACGCUAUGGCAAUCAUCAAGAACAAGAUGGACCUUAUGGCUUGUGCUCAAACAGGAUCAGGCAAAACAGCUGCUUUUCUUCUGCCGAUCAUCAAAGAUCUCAUCGUAAAUGAUGACAUGGCUUGUGCUGGUUCUGGAUCUGCUUCACCUCGUUGCGUCAUUGUGGCACCUACCCGCGAGCUUGCCGAUCAAAUCUCCAGAGAGGGGCAGAAAUUCUUGCGAGGAACCGUCCUCAAGAUUGCGUCGGUUUACGGAGGAACACAAGUUGGAGCAGCAAAGGCUCGUCUCGCUAUGGGUCCUAGUAUUGUGGUCGGAACGAUGGGUCGUUUGCUUCACUUCAUCAAAGACGGUACAAUCAGUAUGGAUGAAGUUCGCUACAUCGUCUUGGAUGAAGCUGAUCGAAUGCUUGAGACUUCAAGCUUUGCCGAUGAUGUCCGAAAGAUGAUCAACCUUGGACCUUCGAAGGAGAAGCGAACAACGCUGAUGUUUUCGGCUACAUUUCCAGACGAGGUUCAACAACUUGCCAGUGAGCAUCUCAAGUCCGACCAUGCACAACUUGCUGUCGACAAGAUUGGAUCGGCAAAUCGCUGCAUUACUCAGGAAUUCAUCGAAGUUUCAAGCAGGCAAGGCAAGAGAGACAAGUUGCUCGAGCUUUUAAAUGUCGACGUCAAUAAUUACACUGUCAAGGAUCAAUCGAUGUUCGAAAAGAAAACUAUUGUGUUCGUCAAUCGUAAAGCUUUCGCCGAUCAACUGGGACUGACGCUGAGUGAGGCCGGACUGCCAGCAGUGACAAUGCACGGAGACCGAGAACAACGACAACGCAGUGAGGCUCUAUCUGAAUUCCGGUCUGGAUCGAAACCCGUUUUGAUUGCGACUGCUGUUGCUGAGCGUGGUCUUGACAUCCAAGGAGUCGAUCAUGUGAUCAACUAUGACUUGCCGCAGUGCAAGGAAGAUUACGUGCAUCGAAUUGGUCGUACUGGACGAGUGGGGAAUCCAGGUCGCGCAACAUCGUUCUUCGAUCCAAGUGAUAGCAACGACAUGAAUCUUUCUGCUGCACUUGUUGGAAUUCUCGCAGAAGCUCAUCAAAUUGUGCCGGACUUCUUACAAAGUGCUUUAGGAACCGCUUGGUUCUCGGUGAACGCGCAAGCUGCUCCAUCUGGUGGUGCCGACGCUGAUGAAACCGAUUGGGUGCUGGUUAUGAUGAAGCCAAAGCGGCCAAAUAACUCUUUGGCGCAAUCGUGCAUCCAAACUGUCGAAAGUCGGGCUAGGGACAAAACUGAUGAAAAUGCUCUUGGCUUCUUGUGCCCUAUGAAAUACACAAAUCAACUGGUUGAUCCACCAUUUGCACCGAAGUUCCUUCCGUGCCCAUUUGUUCAAAUCGAUAGGUUCAUUGACUACCGUGAGACAAUUUUGGAGAAGCAAAACUCGCAAGAAAUUCACGCCGACCCUUUUGUUGGGGUGAAUAUUGAUUUGGUCGAUCCGUUAGCAUAUGCCCGGCCUGAAUCGACAGUCAAACUUCAUCCAGCUGAUGCAAAGCUUCUUGAGUCGGAUACUCUUGGUCCAAUGGACACUCAACGAUCGUUGCAACAUGCUCGAGUUGUUCCAUGGAUGCGCAAAACUGAAUACAUAUCUUCAGAAUAUAACAAAUUUGGUCGAGGCGUUGCUGAUCGUCAAGAAACGAAAAUCGGAGUGAAACUUGUGCCAAAGCUGAAAGAAAUGCUCAAUCGUGACAAACUAUCAAAAAUUGAGGCUAUUUCGAAAACUUUUACUGAGGUACAGAAAAAAGUCACGAAGCAUUAUGCUAAAAAAGGCGUUUAUGCCGUGGAAGAAUUGCCUAUCUUACCCGAUUUUAAGCUUUGGAAAUACGACUUUGCAAUUGUUCGCUUUGACUCGGAUCCUUGCCCCGGAAAUUACGAGGAGGUCGACUUGCCAAAAAUGCUGAUGUCUCAGGCCCAAAUACGUGGAAUGCAAUCAAACGGCGAACAAUUCGUCUCUUAUUAUUGUCCAACUACUGACACGCUACAAAAACGCAAGGAAGACAAAGAACGAGGAAUUCUGUUUGACGAAAACCAUACCUACUCACAUCGUCAAGUGCGUGACUAUUACUGGUCGGUUAAUCAGGGAACCAAUUUCCAGAACAAUUUCUUCUUUUCUUUCCGUCCCGAUGGUGUUCAUUACAAUUGUUUUCAAUCACGUGUCAAGUUAACUAAACGAAAGGCCGUAUCGCAGACAGCCACGAUCCUUACUAUCAAUUAUACCAACCCGACAGAAGAGGAAAUUGAACGAAUGAGUAGAAGGUUACGUCAGCUUCUAACUGGAGGAUUAGAGGAAGAAUUUGUGGAAACCGAAGAGCAAGGAAGCGAUCGAGGCGAACUAUCGGACGAAGAACAAGAAAUUCAUGAGGAGAAAAGCGAGGAAACGAUUCAUGAAGAGAAUAAAGAUGAGGAGCUGGUUGUUACGAACGUAAGCAACGCCAGACAUGACUCAAUGAAAUUCAUCAAAGUAGAACUUAGCUCCAGUUCCGACUAUGAGGAU